UGCCAUACGGUUUCCCAUCACCAUACAGACACCACAAGACAGAAGUCCAGGGCGUAACCGUGCAAGCACCGCCCAAUCGCCGUAUCCAAUACCCACAUUCGUGCCGCACUGCAAACAGCAAUCGGUCUAUCUCCAUACAACGUACAAAAAUCGAUUCCACAAACACCAUUUGUACGCGCGCCACUCAAGCAUGUACUAGACGCGCACACUUGUGCCCAUUCUAUUACAUAUGCAUGGCCUACGCCGUACGCCUGCAGUUGCAUUGCAAUGGUAUAAGACGUAUAUGCACAGGCAUAUCUGUGCUGACGCCGCACGCGUAUUGUACAGGCCCCAAAUGCAGGAAUUGGAUGUUUCGUCUGCCUCCAUGUCUACCUCUAUCAGAGGCGCCCCCACGUGUGUACUAUUACACUGUGCCAGAUGCCAGGCGCUGCAUAUGUGCCGCGCCGUGGAUGUGCCGUAGACAUGCAUGUAUGCAUGCAUACUGGACACGAGAGAAUGGGGCUGAUGGUAUGCGGGGGCGUCUGGGUAUCUAGAUUGGAAUCUGACAUGUAACCUGGAAUCUGAGAUCGACCUUUGGAAAGGCGGUCUU